CGUAGUUCUGCGCCCUCCGCUUCGUGAACCGGAACAGCAAACGGGUUUCACCUUGGGUGGAAAUCGGCGUGAAAAGGCGCACGUUUGGGUUUAUCUUGAAAUUUUGACGUUCAAAUGAAAGAUAAAUGUCUGCGUAGCAGCUCGGCCCGGCUAGCUCUUCUUCCCAGAGUGAGGAAACAUGAAGCAAGACGUCAGGAUACUUUUACUGGGGGAACCCAAGGUGGGGAAGACGUCCCUCAUCAUGUCUCUGGUGGGAGAAGAGUUUCCAGAGCGGGUUCCACCCAGAGCCGAGGAGAUCACCAUCCCGGCCGACGUGACUCCUGAGAAAGUUCCCACUCACAUCGUGGAUUACUCCGAAAAGGAACAAAGCGAUGAAGUUCUCAGAGAUGAAAUCGUCAAGGCCAACGUAGUGUGUGUGGUGUAUGACGUCACCAACGAGGACACGAUAGAGAAGAUUAAAACCAAGUGGAUUCCUCUCGUCAACGGAGACGCAGAGAAAGGAAACAAGGUUCCCAUCAUCCUGGUUGGGAAUAAAUCCGACCUGCGCAGUGGGAGCUCCAUGGAAACCAUUCUUCCCAUUAUGAACCAGUUCUCUGAGAUCGAGACGUGCGUUGAGUGCUCAGCGAAGAACCUGAAGAACAUUUCUGAGCUGUUCUACUACGCCCAGAAGGCCGUUCUCCACCCCACCGCUCCGCUUUACGACCCCGAGGACAAGCAGCUGAAGCCAGCUUGUGUUCGAGCUCUGAGCAGAAUAUUCUACGUCUCGGACCAGGACAACGAUCGGAUCCUGAGCGACGCCGAGCUCAACAGCUUCCAGAAAUCGUGUUUUGGGAAUCCUCUGGCGCCGCAGGCUCUGGAGGACGUGAAGACUGUGGUGUGGAAAAACACCAGCGACGGCGUCCAGGACAACGGCCUGACGCUGAACGGUUUUCUGUUUCUAAACACUUUGUUCAUCCAAAGAGGCCGGCAUGAAACCACCUGGACCAUCCUGAGGAAGUUUGGUUAUGACGACAACCUGGAGCUGACCGACGACUACCUGUACCCCGAACUCCGAGUUCCUGUGGGCUGCAGCACAGAGAUCAACCAGUUGGGCCACCAGUUCCUCCAGCAGCUGUUUGACAAAUACGACGAGGAUCAGGACGCCGCCCUGUCGCCGGCGGAGCUGAAGAACCUGUUCUGCGUUUGUCCCUACAUGCCGUGGGGCGCCGACGUCCUGCUGGCCGUGCCGACCACGGACCAGGGCUACAUCACCAACCGGGGCUACCACUGCCAGUGGAUGCUCUCUGCCUACCUGGACGUCCACCGCUGCCUGGAGCACCUGGGUUACCUGGGUUACCCGAUCCUGACCGAGCAAGAGUCGCAGACCGCAGCCGUCACAGUGACCCGGGAGAAGGAUGUGGAUCUGGAAAAGCGUCAGACGCUGAGGUCAGCGUUUCUCUGCAAGGUGAUCGGGCCGCGCGGCACCGGGAAGACCGCCUUCCUCCAGGCGUUCGUGGGCCGCAGCGUUCUGAGUAAAGGAAACGCCAGCAGUGCCUUCUCACCGUAUGUCAUAAAUACAGUUCAGAUCGGCAACCAGGAGAAAUACCUGAUGCUGAACGAGGUGGAUGUGGAAAUGGAGUUCCUCAAGGCGUCGGACGCCGCCUGCGACGUCGCUUGUCUCAUGUACGACGCCAGCGAUCCCCAUUCCUUCGACUACUGCGCCAGCAUUUACAAGCAACAUUACAUGGACGGCAGCGUUCCGUGUGUUCUGGUCGCCUCCAAAGCGGAUCUUCCUGAAGCCAAGCAGUUCCACGGCAUGACGCCAGCCGAGUUCUGCUACAAGCACCGCCUGCCGCCGCCGCUGCCGUUCUGCGGCCUGACGCUCGACGCCGCCAGCAGCAGCAUCUACAGCAGGCUGGCCUGGGCCGCCAUGCACCCCCACCUGAACGGGUCGGACCUGAGCAGCGCCUCCUUCUGGCUGCGGGUGGCUCUGGGCUCCGCCGUCGUCGCCGUUCUGGGUUUCGCCGUCUACAGAGCCGUGGCUCGGCUAAAAUGACCCGACAAUUAUCUCCAUCCGUCACGACCAAACCCGGAGGCCGAACUGUUUUCCAUCUGCCUGACCUCUGACCUCUGCUGGAGGUCACUGCUGCUGCUGCUGCCUUACGCUUCACCCGCUGGCCUGAAGAGCAGCUCCUCCUCCUGAACACCAAGGUGCUUUCAUCAGGGAGAUGCUCCCGCCUCCUGCUGCCCCGUCAGCAGAUCUGAGUUACAGAUCAUGUUCUGCAUGCGAGCAGCGCGUGAAAAUGAAAACGACGCCAAAUUAUCCAGAAUCAGAGCUGGACGUUCAGACCAGCUGCUACGAAACGUCAUGAAAUCCUGAUACGAUUGCCAAAUAACUGGUUUUACCCCAAACAGGAAGAUUUAGCUUCACAAAUCAUUCACCGCAGUUUAAACCCUGUGAUGGUGAGAACCUUCUGUUGCAUGAAGACAUUUGCUUUUAUGGAGGAAAUGGACUUUUGAUUUUAACGGCGUUCGCGACAAAGUGUUAGGGAGGUAGAUAGAAAAAAAGAGUAAAUUUCAGCCAAAAAAAUCUGAAUUUUUCUAGAAGAUUUCUGCAGAGGUCCCUCUUGAA